AGCGCUGCCCCUCACCUCAGAGCGCCGCCAUCUUACCGCGCUUCCGCUCCGCGCUCUGAUUGGCCGUCACCGACGCCAAUCUGCCGCUUUGCUCUCUGUGAUUGGCUGCUCUUCCUUUAAGCCCCGCCCUCAGCGCCACGCCUGUGCCCCGCCCUUCUCCUUCCCCUCUCCACCAAUCCCCUUCGGCGCCCACGCCCCACCUCCACCAAUCCCCGCCCCGCCUCCACCAAUCCCCGCCCCCUCGGGGGGCGGGGCCUGUCGCCAGGGCAACGCGGGUAGGGCGGAGUGCCCGGAUGUGGCUCGAUCGCAAGAUGGCGGCGGCCGAGUGAGCUGCGUGGGGGGGCAGCGGCAGCGCUUCUUCCCCCGAGGGUCCCGGGAUGCGGCGCUGAGACCGGAGCAGCCUCCGGUUCCCCUCAGGUCCUCGCCAUGUUCAGCAAGAAGAAGAAGCGCUUGGAGAUCUCAGCCCCAUCCAACUUCGAGCACCGGGUGCACACCGGCUACGACCAACGGGAGCAGAGGUUCACGGGGCUGCCACGGCAAUGGCAGGGGCUGCUGGAGGAGUCAGCCAAGCGCCCCAAGCCCCUGGUGGAUCCCGGCUGCAUCACUGCCAUCCAGCGAGCCUCACAGAAGACCAUCGUCCGGGGCAGCAAAGCCUCCAAGGACGGCUCCUUGACCUGGCUCCUGGAUGAGUUUGAGACCAUGUCCGUGUCCCGUUCCAAUUCCCUGCGCAGGGACAGCCCCCCCUUCCCACGCCUGCACCCGGAGAACGGCCUCAGCCCGGGCCCAGCCUCACCUCCAGCCCCGGAGGACCCCGGCCGGAGCCGGAGCCGGAGCAGCCGCCCCGGGCGCGAUGGGGCCCAGGGCAAGGAGCAGCCCCACGGCCACCCCCCGGCUCCCCACGGAGGGGCUCCCGGUGCCCGUCCCCAUCCCGACGGUGCCGGAGCCAUCCCGGAGCCGCGGCGAGAGGCCCCCGACAAGCGCCCCAAGUCUGCCAUGGGCACCGGGGGGAGCAGCCCCCCCGGCCCCCGGGACAAGCGGCCGCUCUCGGGGCCCAGCAUCCGCACCCCCAACAUCCCUGUGGCCGAAGGGGUGAUGAAGGCAGCUCAGCAGACCGGGAGGGUCUUCAACACAUACCCCCGGGCUGAGAGCGACCCCGGCCCGCAGGCAGAGCCACGACCAUGCCACCCCCAGGAGCCAACCCCCAACGGCCCCCCCGGAUCCACGGACCCCCCCCCCCGUCCCCCCCUGUCCCCCCACUCCUCUGCCCCCCAUCCGACCCGGACCCCCCCCGGCCCCACAGCAGCUGGGGGGGGGGCACAACGGGAGCCUCAGCGCGUGUCCCACGAGCAGUUCCGCGCCGCGCUGCAGAUGGUUGUGGAUCCUGGAGACCCUCGAUCCUACCUGGACAACUUCAUCCGCAUCGGGGAGGGCUCCACAGGCAUCGUCUGCAUCGCCACCGUGCGCGGCUCCGGGCGGCUCGUGGCUGUCAAGAAGAUGGACCUGCGCAAGCAGCAGCGGAGAGAGCUGCUCUUCAAUGAGGUGGUGAUCAUGAGGGACUACCAGCACGAGAACGUGGUGGAGAUGUACAACAGUUACCUGGUGGGCGACGAGCUCUGGGUGGUCAUGGAGUUCCUGGAAGGCGGCGCCUUGACCGACAUCGUCACCCACACCAGGAUGAGCGAGGAGCAGAUCGCUGCCGUCUGCCUGGCCGUGCUCAAGGCUCUGGCCGUGCUCCAUGCGCAAGGAGUCAUCCACCGCGACAUCAAGAGCGACUCCAUCCUCCUGACGCACGACGGGCGGGUGAAGCUCUCGGACUUCGGGUUCUGUGCCCAGGUGAACAAGGAGGUUCCGCGCCGCAAGUCCCUGGUGGGGACACCCUAUUGGAUGGCACCGGAGCUCAUCUCCCGCCUGCCCUAUGGACCAGAGGUGGACAUCUGGUCCUUGGGUGUGAUGGUCAUCGAGAUGGUGGAUGGGGAACCCCCUUACUUCAAUGAGCCCCCCCUCAAGGCCAUGAAGAUGAUCCGGGACAACCUGCCCCCUAAGCUGAAGAACAUCCAUAAGGUGUCUCCAUCCCUCAAAGGCUUCCUGGAGCGGAUGCUGGUGCGGGACCCCGGGCACCGCGCUACAGCCGCCGAGCUGCUCAAGCACCCGUUCCUGGGCAAGGCAGGGCCCCCCUCCGCCAUCGUGCCCCUCAUGCGCCAGAACCGCCUGCGCUGAGGCCGCCGCCAUCCUCAUCCUCACCGCGCUGGGACCAUGCUCCAUGGCACACACUACUGAGGGGGGGGCCAGGCCCCCAGAGCAGCCUUGGGGGUCAGGGGGUGCUCCUCAGCCUUGGGGGGGCUUUGCUGGAGGCCCCGACUCCCUUCUUCUGAACCCCACUUUUCUAGCCCCAUCCACCCCUGUGGUGGCUCCAGAGUGGGGUGGGACACCCCCAAACCCUAUGGCCACACUACUGAUUGAGGGGGUCCCCCACCCCGAAUGGGGGGUUGGGAGUCUCCUCGCCCCGAACAUGGAUCUUGGGGUUCCCCUACCCCCAGACCUGGUUUUUGGGGGGUUUGGGGUGGGAUUUCUCCCCCAGUUUGUUUUUUAAAGCUAUUUAUAAUGUCGUUUUGUAAGGGGGGGCCCAGGGCUGGCACAUGGGGGGGGCCCCC